UCUGGUAUUUAAGGACCGGACCAAUACGUGGGCACGUGGCACUCCAUAGAGAGAACAACGCUGACGCAUCCGAACGUCUUCUCCGACUGUGGUUAAUGAGAAUAAACGGCGACGUCAUUUUCUACAUUCCAACGCGGCGGAAGCGGCGGCGGCGAAACCUCUCUCCCCUAAUGCCAGGGUGUUUAACGAAACGUUGUAACGAAAGGUUACAUCUUUGAGAGGAUGCAACUCCUAGUGGCUGCUGACCCUACUGCCCAAAGCUAUUGGUUGAGUUGGAGGGCUUUGCUCUGCGAAGCGUCGGUACUUUUUUCCAUAGUUUUAUCACUGUUCCUGAUAUGGAGAUACGAAUGCAUAGCUAGGGACAAAUCCGGGUCUGGUGAAGGGGAGAAGCGGAAAGACAAAUCUUGGAGUAUAUGGUUUGAUGAGUCUUGGAGACCGUCUGUGAAAGAAUUGCACCCAGUUGUUUUGGCGGUAUUCCGGUUAGUCGCAUUCAUUUUACUAGCUGCAGCACUCACUGCUGAUGCCAUUGUCCAUGGUGGUGACCUUUUUCUCUAUUACACUCAGUGGACAUUUAUGUUGGUUACCAUUUACUUCCUGUUUGGAUCACUGCUUUCUAUUUACGGAUGCUACCAGUACUAUAAAACAACCAAGGGUGAUUGUAUAUGUAUGGAUGAGGAGAAAAGUUUGCAGUUGGCUCUCUCUCAUACACAAUAUCUGCAAGGGGUGAAUACAGGGGACAAUCGUGUCUUCCGGCGAGUACUUAGUGUUCCAAAAAGUGUGGGGCUUUUUGGUUACGUGUUUCAAAUUUUAUUUCAGAUGACUGCUGGAUCGGUGAUGCUAACCGACUGUUUGUACUGGACCGUCAUUUUCCCAUUUCUUUCUAUCAAAGAUUACGACUUGAGCUUUUUGACGGUGGUUGCCCAUUCUCUUAAUGCCAUCCUGCUUCUCGGUGAUAUAACAAUGAAUUGUUUGCAAACCCCUUGGUUCCGGAUAUCUUACUUUCUCCUAUGGACUGGUACUUAUGUCAUCUUCCAGUGGUGUGUUCACGCGUUUGUGUCAACCUGGUGGCCAUACCCAUUUCUUGACAUGUCUUUGAGGAUAGCUCCCUUGUGGUAUGUGGUGGUGGCUUUAAUGCAUAUCCCUUGCUAUGGGUUAGUUGUAUUACUUGUUAAACUCAAGGGAAUGGUGUUGUCCAAAUGGUUCCACGAGUCGUGUUUACCUUAGGUAUAUGAGAUCUUAAAACCACGCUGCAGAUGCUUGUUACUUCUUACUUCAUAUUAUAAACUGUUCCAGUGUUUUGCUUUCUUUAACCCCUGCAAAAUGUGAAUUGCCUGUUCACCCCAGUAACGCAUUACUGUAAAAGGUAGUAGUUUAUUUGGUAUCAUACUUGUGACUUUGUAUAAAAAAUGGUACCAUAAUAAAUUUGCCAGAUAGUU